GGGAGGGAGAGUGAGAGACAAACAAGGGAAGCCAAAAAAGAAAAGACUCGGAGCUCCCUCUGCCCCCUCAUAUCUCUCCAGGGAAUGAGAGAGUAGGGCAGAAAAUACAGGGACGGAGGAAGAGAAGACUGUUGAAUGCAGUUGAGCAGCGCAUUCAGAGAGCACCCAGCAGCCAAUGAGAGACUAUGAUUGGACCGACAUUGACAUCCAGAGCAAAGCAGACCAGAGAUUUCUGACAUGGUGUCGACCCAGAUUGAUGGGAGGAAAAUGAGGGGAGAGAGGACAGAUGUAGACAGACUUGCACCACUGCUUCAGAAAACACAGAUCGUAUACCGAGGACAUUCAUCUUCUGAUGUGCCCACAAGAUAUUUUUUAAGGUGUUCUGCUGUAAAUAAGGUGUUUGGACCCAGUGUGCAGCACUAAUCUUAGAGACGGGGGAGGGGAGUGAUUCUCCACAUACAUACAAACCCCCCUCUGCCAAUCAGAGAGAAAGACAGAGAGGGAGAAGGAGAGCAAGUGAAGGAACAGAGGAUACGGCAGAGAGUGUGAAAAGAGGAAACAGCUCUAGCAGUUAUCUUAGGUGGACAGAGAGAAAGAAUUACACACAAACACACACGGUCCAGCCACGAGUUACAAGGCGCUUCAGCCAGCGGAGGCGGAUAACCAGCCAGACGCCUCAUAUCUGCAGCUCCAGACCAAGAAGAUUCCUCUGUAAUUCUCUCCCGACUUCAUCCUAAGCUGGACCGCAAGCUUUAAGACAAGGGAUAGAGAGCGAUAUAAGAAGAGCAAAGUGCUUCGCAACUUCCUUGAAGGGGGCGAGAGUGAGGGCAACGCAGUAAAGCGAGACACAGAGAGAGAGAGAGCAGGGGAAGAUUCCCCCUCGCCCUCUCUCGACCCGGAUCACCGUCAGGCUGGCUGGGACAGCCAUGGCCUUCACCUUUGCGGCCUUUUGCUACAUGUUAACACUCGUGUUAUGCGCUGCUCUCAUCUUCUUCGUCAUCUGGCAGAUUAUUGCGUUUGAUGAACUGCGCACAGACUUCAAAAACCCCAUCGAUCAGAGCAACCCCACAAGAGCGAGGGAAAGAAUAUUGAACAUCGAGAGAAUCUGCAACCUCCUCCGAAAGCUGGUGGUACCAGAGUAUUCCAUCCACGGGCUGUUCUGUCUGAUGUUCAUGUGCGCAGGGGAGUGGGUAACUCUGGGCCUUAACAUCCCCCUGCUGCUCUAUCACCUCUGGAGGUUUUUCCACCGUCCUGCAGAUGGGUCUGAGGUUAUGUAUGAUCCAGUGAGUGUGAUGAAUGCAGACAUUCUGAAUUAUUGCCAAAAAGAGUCCUGGUGCAAACUAGGCUUCUACCUUCUCUCCUUUUUCUACUAUCUGUACAGUAUGGUGUAUGCUUUGGUCAGCUUCUAAGUGAUCAAAUGAAGGACAGAGGACUAUGAAAGGAAGGAGAGAAACGACAAAGCAAAGACCGAACUAUGUCGUGCUCACCUCUCCCUCAUCCACAGACCUUGUUCAGCUCCUCCUCAGAUCUCCUGGGUGGGGAUGGACGAUGGACAGAUGUAGAAAAAGCUCAAGACAAGGAGGCAUUUAAAGCCAUCAAUGCUGCCUCAAUCACUGCCAUUAAAAAAAAAAACAAGUGGAGAGGUGGACCAAAAGAAAACGAGUGCAAUAGAGAGAGAGAUAUAUAUGGUGAACAAAAGACUCAGGCAGUGUAGAUGUUUUGUAACACCAUUUAAUUUCUCAAGGGCUGCUGAAAAUUUCCGCUGCUCAUAGCAACAACUCGUCGGUUCUUAAUGUCUACGAAGAGACACUUAAUGUGCUACCGAGACCAAUACAGAAUGUGUUACCUUGAAUUUGAAAUCAAUAGACCGUGGACUUUAUGUUGCGACGUCUUUUUCAUCAGAAACAACCGCAUUUUUUUGUGGAAAAACUUGUUAUGUCAAAGUAUUUAAUAACUGCUAAGUAUUUGCUAUUUCAGUAUUUGUGGUAGAUACAUAUAAAUGUACCCUGUAUGUAGAGGUACAAUAUAAUAAUUGAUCAAAUUACGAAUAUAUGGCUCAGUUGUUGCAGUUCGGUCAGGGUAGUUCUAUUAGUGUCCUUAAACCGCACAAGAAGUAUUUUUUACGAAAAAUCAGAUGGUGAAGUUUACACAAACAUUUCAAAGCAAAUCAACCAAUGAGAUAAAUAUCACAAGCCGGAGAAACUGUUUGAGCAGCAUCACAUCUGAAGACUGACACCCGAUGAUUUGGAUUCAUCCAUCAUGGGCUGCGGUGAGGACGAGCAGAACGGCAGACUCUUAAUUGAGACGGGCGUGCAGGACGGGCCGUACCGGAGGGAAGAGAGAUCUGACCCCAACCUCUGCCGGAGUUCAAAUACUCGAUAGACUGUGACAAAUUAUAAAAGCACUUUUGGAAUGCCAACAGAUGAACUGUAGCAAACAACAGAGGAAGACUCAUUUGCGUUGAGUGGGCUGAUGUGCGUGAGACAGCCGAACACAGCAGGCCGUGAUGCAGAUGAUGGAGACACUGGUGUCGGUAACGUUCGCCCAUGAUGCUUCUGACAACAGACUGAUGAUGUUGUCAUAACCACGAUGAUGAUGGUCUCACAUCAAAUACAAACUUUUCAGGCAAUCUUCUGUGUUGUUAGACUAUAUACAACAUUUACCGCCACUCUGUUCUGUGUAUCAUAGGGCCUCUCGAUUUGCCUCACCUGGAGUUCCUGUGUUGUGCUGUGUCCAUCAGUCUGCUAAACAAGUAGAAUAAUGAUUAUUUAACUAAGCUGUGUGUAGUUCUGGCUUUGUAGAUGAAUAGAGUGGCCGAGCGUAUCACUCCUGAGCCUCUGCACUAGCUAGAAUGGCUUCAUUAUUACACUUACACAUGCACACACACUUCAAAUUUCAGUACAAUAAGCGAGUCAUUUAAUAACGACACGGUCUGAGUGCUUUUUUAGCAACGUCUGGUUCAAACUCCUGGGUCCUCUUUCCAUCUUGGCUUUGACUUGAUGUACCAUGUACCCUCAAAAAUGUGAAUAUAUACCCUAGACAAUCGCUAUUAGCACAGGAAUGUGGGCCGAGAGACAACUGACUAGGGUCUUCAUUAUAGACGUCAUCACUGAAUGUCUUUUUGUGAUUAAUAUAGUUCACAUGCAGUAUCUACAUUUAAGAAUACCUGCAUGAUAAUGUCUUUUAUACAUGAUACAUUAAUGUACGCUACAGCACCUUUGGUAACUUUACGGUUUGUGUUCAGUUGAAUACAACCGAAUAUCUUAUAUACUCCAAAAGCAAUUCCACAUGUUCUAAUAAAACAAUGUUGCCGACAAAAGAAA